GAGUCUGGAACACGGUCAGGUUUCCAGGUACUGGUGUGGUAUCCAUGGUAUUUUUGGUAUCAAUCCAAACCCCUCGCCCCACUCCCUCCCCUCCUCCGUCUGCUUAUAACAACUCCCCUCCAUCCUCUUCUUCCCUCUCUUUCUUCUCUUCUUUCUCUCUCCAUCCCUCCCCCCUGUUUCUCUCUUCAUCCUUUUUCUCAGCAAGAGACUAUUGUAUAGUCCUUGACUGUCUUCUCUGUCUUCUUUUUCAUCCAAUUCUUCAUAUAUUCUCCCUCUGUUAAACUCUACCUUUUUUCUCCAUCACUUCUACACACAUAUCUUUCAAGAUGGUUCAAUCGUAAGUU